AGGUUUAAAAUGUAAAGUAAACAUUUGUAUAUAUAACGUGUUGAUACGUUUUUUUAUUUUUGUAUGGUUAAAAUGAUUUCCAGCAGGAAGACGUGUGUGUAUUCUUUUUUGUUGAUACUCGUGAAUGGACUCGUCCGACAGGAAGUGUCCGUGUUAGAUGUAAACAUGUGAGAAAUCGAAAAUAAAAUAUAAAAAAAAGGGAUUAAGGGAUAGAAAAUGUAAUUGUUUGUUUAACUUAUUAAUGUCUUAGACACGUAACAGUUGUGACUAGUUUGUUUAGAGCUGUGUAUCCGCGUGUGUAGAGGUUAAAGUAGCCCUAUGUGUUUAUACACUACAGAAGUGACCACACAAACUUGUGCCAUGUUCAUCAGAUGAUCUCAGACUAUCAGCAUGUGGUCAUGGCUGUGGUGUGGAGUCAGAAGUGACCACACAAACCUGUGCCAUGUUCAUCUCUCAGACUGUUAGCAUGUGGUCAUGGCUGUGGUGUGGACUCAGUAGAUCAGGUGGCUCAGGUGUGUGUAGUGGCACAGCUCUGAUCCUGACCCUCACUUUGUUACUGUGGCUUUGUGGACUUCACGCCAGUCUGAGUUUAGGUCCAGGAGGUGAAGUCCCAGGUGUCUACAAUUUUAUCUUCUACGCUGUGAGUCAUGAGGAGUUUGUGUCUUUGCUCCAUGAUGUUGUCCUCUUGCUGUAUCUCAGCCCGAGGCAGGAGAGGAAAUGGGGCACUGUGGUCUUCCUUGUCCUGUCUCUUGCCUCUACAGUGCUCCUGCCCCCUAUUUACGCUCUCUUCCUCUUUGUGACGGGGGACGAAGCCAGUCGAAUAUGUGGCUACUCGGGCACCCAGCUGGCUCUGCUGGCAGCUCAGUGUCGACAGAGCAAACGUAGACGAGUCCUGCGCUGCCUGCCUCCCUGGUCCCUGCCUUGGCUCGUCCUGCUGGUCGAUUUGUUCCUUCUUCCGAGCGCUCCAGGACUUCUGCACUUCUAUGCCAUCUGCCUGGGGCUUAACUACAGCACUGAGUUAAUUGAGGUCCUGCAGCGGCUCGAGGGUCUGGGAGUGUGCUCCUGCCUUCCACCGUGGCUUUACGUUUCCAAUAAAUAUCAACUACCGACCUUCAUCAGCCCCACACAGAGAUCUUUCCCACAUGCCGAGUCUCACACAGGAGGCCUCGCUUCUACCAGCAGGUCCCAGUUAGAGAGUCACACACACACACAACCCUGGAAACACACCACCCCUGAGUGGCCAUUACAAGCUGUUAAUGCGUCAGACGAGCAGCUUCUGGACGAGGAGUUGCUAAGAGCAGGGAUCCUGGCAUCGCUUCAGGACGCUCCUGAAGGCACAGCCGAUAAAGUGGAAGUCCAGAAAUCCUCUGUGUCUUCUCUCAGGCUGCAGCAGCUGGAGAAGAUGGGAUUCCCGAUGGAGAAAGCAGUGGUGGCUCUGGCUGCGACUCCUCACCUGGACGGAGCGAUUUCUCUGCUGAUCGAUGACCAGGUUGGUGAAAACGCUGUGGUCAUCUCUAAAGGGAAGAAAGCAUCAGGCACCUGACUCAAAAUCUAAUGGAUUCAUCUGAGUGACAUCAGACUGAAUCAGACCUUUUAUUUCUGUCCGUUUCGCUUGGAGCAGAGAAAACUGAAGUGUUAUAUAAUUGUGUGUGUCUCUGUGUGUGUCUGUGUGUCUCUGUGUGUUGUGGGAAAAUAAUCUUAAGUCAUUGUUUUAUUCAUUCAUUUGUCCCAUUGUUUAAGGUGGCAAUGGGUUUCAAGGUCUGAGUCAAGAAGGAAUGCCAAAGCAUUAGAGGUGAACUCGUUUCUAUGAUAAUGAAGGGGUCUGAGAAAGACUGUUGUGUUAAUGGGAUUAAGGGUAGGUGAAAGUCCCCCCCCCCCCAAUGUGUAUAAUUACAAUGUAUUACAACUUUAAGUCAGACUUGAUGACUGCAGCGCCCGUGCCGGUAUGCUCUGACUUGCAGACUCGUUUCAUCGUGUAUCUACAAUAAAGACUACUGCACAAGGAUA